GGCCCGGCCCGGAGCACGGGCAAGUUCGCCGGGAGUUCGGGCGAAGUUUGGGCGGCCGAGCUCCCCUCUGCGCCCCCUCGGCGCCCCGCCGCGCCCAGCCCCGCCGGGGGCGCCCCUCGCCGCCCGCGCGCCCUCCCCAGCCAUGUCGUCCAUCCUGCCCUUCACCCCCCCGAUCGUGAAGCGCCUGCUGGGCUGGAAGAAGGGCGAGCAGAACGGGCAGGAGGAGAAGUGGUGCGAGAAGGCGGUCAAGAGUUUGGUCAAGAAGCUCAAGAAGACGGGGCAGCUGGACGAACUGGAGAAGGCCAUCACCACGCAGAACGUCAACACCAAGUGCAUCACCAUCCCCAGGUCCCUGGAUGGCCGCCUGCAGGUGUCCCAUCGGAAGGGGCUCCCCCAUGUCAUCUACUGCCGCCUGUGGCGAUGGCCCGACCUGCACAGCCACCACGAGCUGCGGGCCAUGGAGCUGUGUGAGUUCGCCUUCAACAUGAAGAAGGAUGAGGUCUGCGUGAAUCCCUACCACUAUCAGAGGGUAGAGACCCCAGUUCUACCUCCUGUGCUGGUCCCACGCCACACAGAGAUCCCGGCCGAGUUCCCCCCGCUGGACGACUACAGCCAUUCCAUCCCCGAGAACACGAACUUCCCUGCGGGCAUCGAGCCCCAGAGCAAUAUUCCAGAAACCCCACCCCCUGGCUACCUGAGUGAAGAUGGAGAGACCAGUGACCACCAGAUGAACCACAGCAUGGAUGCAGGUUCUCCAAACCUAUCCCCGAAUCCGAUGUCCCCAGCGCACAAUAAUUUGGACCUGCAGCCUGUCACCUACUGCGAGCCGGCCUUCUGGUGCUCCAUCUCCUACUAUGAACUGAACCAGCGCGUUGGGGAAACAUUCCACGCCUCGCAGCCUUCCAUGACCGUGGAUGGCUUCACCGACCCCUCCAACUCGGAGCGCUUCUGCUUGGGGCUGCUCUCCAAUGUCAACAGGAACGCGGCCGUGGAGCUCACGCGGAGGCACAUCGGGCGAGGCGUGCGGCUGUACUACAUCGGAGGGGAGGUCUUCGCAGAGUGCCUCAGCGACAGCGCCAUCUUCGUCCAGUCGCCCAACUGUAACCAGCGCUACGGCUGGCACCCGGCCACCGUCUGCAAGAUCCCGCCGGGGUGCAACCUGAAGAUCUUCAACAACCAGGAGUUCGCUGCCCUCCUGGCUCAGUCCGUCAACCAGGGCUUCGAGGCGGUCUACCAGUUGACCCGGAUGUGCACCAUCCGCAUGAGCUUCGUCAAGGGCUGGGGAGCGGAAUACAGGAGACAAACCGUGACCAGCACCCCCUGCUGGAUCGAGCUGCACCUGAAUGGGCCUUUGCAGUGGCUUGACAAGGUCCUCACUCAGAUGGGCUCCCCAAGCAUCCGCUGUUCCAGUGUGUCUUAGAGACACUGGGUGUGAAGGGGGAGGGUGGGGGGAGGGUGGGCUUUGGGGGAAAAGGCCGCAUAGGAGGAGAAAAUUGGAACUCACUAUUGUCAAUGAAGAAGAAAUUUUUCUCCCUCAAUCAAAGCGGCACUGACCUGUUUUCCAAAACGCAAAAGCAAACCCAGAGAUGGAUUUUCUGAAACAGCUGUGUCUGCCAAACACGUGUGUCCUCUGGCCCCCGUUUGCAGGGCAAGAAUCGGCUUCUGCUCUGGCGGCUUGAGCAAACAGGUAGUAGUUCACCACCUGCCCCCUCCUCCCAGCCCCCUUCGGAUUUAAUGACAGCAAUCUGGGAUGUCACUGUCCAACAGGAAAUGGCCCUGGGUUCCGGACUGGAGUGUGAAACUCACCUUGGGUGUUCUAGGUGGGACAGAGCCUGCAGGGGCAGGAGCGAACCUCAUGCCUAGCCCUCUGGCGCUUGUGACCAGUGCUUCAGCUGAGCAUUCCUGAGCCCCAGCACUCCAGCAGACCCUGCACCCGAGGAGCCGGAUUGACUUGGGGUGGGGGAGGGGAGCGCAUCUGUCCCCUUUCCUCUGACAGUGUCCCGAGAAAGGUGAGCCAGCGUGCUCAGAACAUGCGCUCACGGACAGUGGGGAAAGUGGACGAGACCCCUCCUCUCAAAUUUGUCCUUUCUCACUUGGAACGGUUGGGAGAUCUGCUGAGACUCAGCACUUAUGCAAUGUAUAUUUUCUCUUCUCGCGUUAAUCUCAGAGAUUUGAAGCACGUGAGAUGGUCACGUGAGGCAGGAGGCAGCUGUCGCAUCAGUGGGGUCUGAGCAGAGGCGACGCUCCAUUCCGUGGGUCUGCAGUCCUCUGUAAGAGCUCACUUGCUAUUCUCAUGCAUCCGGCUCUCUUGGUUUACGUAGUCAGUUGCAUUAAUUAAAUGAGCUUUGUCGUACGCUCGUUUAAAUGUUUAUUUUAUAUUUAAAAAAAAAAUCCUGGGUUGGCACAUUGACGGGGAAACCAGCAUUGUGGGGGGGCUGGCAACCUCUCUCUCUCAAGGUGAAGCUUUUCCAGGUUUUGUUGAGAAGACACCUGCCAGCACUUCUGGAAACUGAAAUUAACAGAAGCAAAUGCACCCGAAGGGAAAAAAAUCUCAGGCCAACAUAGGCAAAUGAAAAAGGGCUAUUAAAUUUUUUUUUUUUUUUUACACCUUGGAAAAUUGGAGCCUUGGAGCACAGAGGUGUGCCGUCUUCCCCCCCAGGGAUGUAAGAUUAUCUGGCUCAUGGCCGAGGAUCAUCAGUGACGACUUCAGCAGCUAUACUGUGUAAGAAGUACUGUUCCCAGUGGCAAUUAGUGAGGAAACUGGUAUAAAUUAUUUCAACUGGAAAAAAUCCCUCCUUUUCAACUGGCCUCUUGCAGAAUACAGCAUUGCCACUUGUAACUGGGACUUUAUUCUUCGUCACUGUUUUUGUAUGAAAUGACUUUAUCCCAUCUUUUUGCAUGGAUUUCUACCAGGAAAAGCCAAGGGAUUUCCCAUGGAAGUCCUAUCUGAUUCCAGGUGAAGGGCAGAAAAUGUCUACUUCUGGCGGGUAUAAAUGUCAAAUGUGAUGCCGUUUCUGAUGCCUUACGGAGACAGUGGGAGCUUCCCGGCGCCUCCCCGGCAGGAUCCUAAUGCCCCUGCAGCUCCAGCCGUGUGGUUUCCAGGAAGGAGGGCUGCUCUCCAAGCUCCCCGAGGACACAGGAAGAGAUGGGAGGAGCACCUUUCCAGACCAAUGCUGGUCUUUGACUCAGAGCCCAGAGACCCCACACAACCGCCCUCUCCCUGAGACGGUCAGACACCGAGGGGCCGGAAUUCACCUGCUAUGAAGCCAUCUGCUGACUGCUGCUCCCAGGAAGCCGGCUGGGCCUACCUGGACGUGCACGCGAGCUCCUGGUCAGGUCUGAGACUUGUGGUGUGGGCACUCCACUGCAGCCUCUGCUGGUGCCGUGGUGCGCUCCCCCAAAGCCAGGACAGCGGUUUCCGAGGGCCUGCGUUCUCCAUCAGCCUCCUGCUCCUCCUAGGCCUUCCUGUGGCACACAGCCAUCCUCCCGUUUCUUGGGGACUCGCUUCAGAUACAGCACGGUUUGAGCGAUCUGGUGGCUGUGCCUGGAUGGUGUCUUGGCACCCCUGAUGCUCAGGGCCGAGGGCUACUUUUAGGAGGUGUGAAGUCGCAGUCUUGUGUUUCUACAAAAGCUUACUUGGCCCCUCUUCUUUAUAGACUAGACCCCUGGAGGAAGAUGUGAGAGGAAAAUGUAGGUAAGUCCACCUCUAGAAGAAAUUCAGUCAGACUUAGAGGUGAGGACUUGGUGCCCCUCCCAUCAGAGAGGCUGCAGCUGUACU